UUAUAACCGUUUUAUAAAUGAAUGUACGAGAUUAUUCAAUUAAAUUAACAAUCCAUUUUUUUUGCAAUCUACCUCAAAUAUAACUGACAACGAUUGUCAAACUGUCAAGUUUAAUUUUCGACUUUAGCUUGUGUUAAAUCAGCAUUUAUAAACAUUGUUUAUAAACAGUGGGUGAUUAUUCGCAGUUGUUUUUUUAAUUAAACUAUAUGAUUUUAAAUCUUGGAUUAAAUAAAUAAGGAGCCAUGUCUAAGAGAAAAGGUGUCUCUCUUGAUGAGAAACGUCUGAGGAUGCUACAACUCUUUUAUGAGAAGAAGGAAUUCUUUACGCUAAAAGAAAUUGAGAAAAUUGCACCAAAAGAAAAAAACAUUGUGCAGCAAUCUGUCAACGGCGUACUACAAGCGUUAGUAGAUGACGGUUUGGUACGAUCGGAGAAAAUUGGCACUUCUGUGUACUUUUGGAGGUUUCCAGGAGAAAAUAUCACUGCAACAGAGCACAGAAUAGCUGAUACAAACAAAAAGGUGGUUGAGGCUGAAUUUAAGCUUGAAAAGUUAAAAGCAGAGAUACAAAAGGAAAAAGAAUUGAAGAGUGACACAGAAGAGAGACAAACCUUACUGAAGGAAAUCGAACAACUGAGAAAAGAAGAACAGGAAAUAAAGAAUCAAAUUGCUAAAUUCAGCGGUGUUGACCCAGAAGCAAUUGCAGAAAUGAAUCGGAAAGCACAGAAGUACAAAGAUGCAACCAACACAUGGACAGACAACAUUUUUGCUGUACAGAGCUGGUGCAAGAAUAAAUUUAACAUCGUGGAGGAAGAUCUCAAUAAACAAUUCAACAUUCCUGAGGACUUGGAUUAUAAAGAAUGAAUCUCUCUUAAUUAAGUUUCAUAUCCUGUUAACUGUCAAGAAAUUAUUUUUGCUAUAAAUAAACAAAAACGUACCAUUCAA